GUCGUCGAGGUAAUCUACUGACUAGCAGAUGAUGCCCUUACCGUCUAGUUGAGUAUCAGAAGUAUUAGUUUUCGUUUAAAACCGCUGACCGAGUACAACUCACUUCGCUAUGCAAUGGGUGAUCGAAGUUCCGUCAAAUUGUUAGCAAAAGCAAGUGUUUGUUGUUAAACCCGUGUAAGCUAGCAAUUGCGCAAGGCUUGCAAGCCUCGCAACUGACUAUUUGAAAGCUAGUAUCUCUUAGCUGCGCAUAUGUUAGCUCUAUGUUUUCAGUGAAUUACAGAUAAAGCCAGCAAGUGAGCUUAUUAGCUAAUGGGGUGUUAUGCUUCAAGUUUACAGCUUUUAGGAGUUUACUCAGCGUGGAGCAACAAAUCAUGGAUAAGGCCGAUUUUUUGAAAGGAUUACCAGUUUAUAACAAAAGCAAUUUCAGCAAGUUCCAUGCAGAUUCUGUCUGUAAAGCUUCGAACAGAAGACCUUCUGUAUACCUUCCAACACGUGAAUAUCCCUCUGAGCAGAUUAUUGUCACGGAAAAGACAAAUAUUCUGUUACGAUACCUUCAUCAGCAAUGGGAUAAAAAGAAUGCAGCCAAGAAGCGAGAACAAGAACAAGCAGAGGGAGAGAGUCCAGCACCUCCCCGGAAAAUAGCUCGAACAGGCAGUCGAGAGCUGACUGAGGACUCUUAAUAAGACUUGUAUGGAGAUGUUUUCUCGAUGGAGGGUGCUCGCUCAAUAAGCACAGAGGGAUGAUAUCAAUGCUGACGGAUACAAAUUCUGAAGGCGGUCAAAAUAUUUUCGGGCUGACUUUCAGAGUCUUUUUGUUUUCCUAGAUUAUCCCACGUAACUACUCUUCAUUUAACACUUUUCUCAUUUGAUCCUAUUUAUAGGUUCACAGCUAAUCCAAUGUGGUACAAUAGUAAAGUCUUCCUCCUUUGUUGAAUUUGCCUGUUAACUCUUCAAAAUUGUUCUGUAUUGUGCUUGAGAAUCUGGUGAUAUCUCCCACAGAGUUUUGGUUCCGUUUCUUUACUUCAGUACAUAAACAGAGCUUGGAAUCUAUUUGAAUAAUGUGCUCACUAAACAGUAGUCUUGCAUAUUCAGUGACAAUAAUAAUGACUUGAAUGAUCAAAAUCAGUCACCUGGAUGGUUAUAUUAAAUUUUUAAGUUUCAUGUUCUCUUGAAAUAUGCUGUCAAAAGGCCUGGCUCUGUUGUAUUAAUACUCCAAGCACACUUUGUUUCAGGUAGCUUCUCCAGCAUAUACUGUUAUCUGAAGGAGGAUGUAUAUGCUACAUAGCAAUUAUGCGGAUUUGUUGCUAUGCUCACAUUUGCAUGUGUUGUGAAAAGUAUACCUUGUUAAGAAUUUGUUAACACAGUUUUUGUUUC